AUGGUGCUGCCUUGGGCCCUCGCCGUCCUGAGCCUCAUUCCUCUGCUGGACGCCCAGAGUCCGGCGUGCGCCAACUUGACGGCGGUGGAGCCCAUCACCAAUGCCACCCUGGACAGGCUCUCUGGCAAGUGGUUUUAUAUCGGCUCGGCCUUCCGAAACCCCGAGUACAAUGAGUCGGCUAGAUCGAUCCAGGCAGCUUUCUUUUACUUUGAGCCCAAGCACGCGGAGGACAAGAUAAUUCUCAAAGAGUACCAGACCACUGGGAACAAGUGCAUCUACAACUCCAGCUUCGUGACAGUCUAUCGCAAGAAUGGGACCAUGUCUAAAUAUGAGUCGGGUAGAGAACACUUUGCUGACGUGCUGCUCACCAAGGACCCCAAGACCUUCAUGCUUUCUGCCUCCUGGAAUGGCAAGAAGAAUGUGGGGAUAUCCUUCUACGCCGACAAGCCAGAGGUGACCCAGGAGCAGCAGCAAGAGUUCCUUGAUGCCAUCAAGUGCAUAGGCAUUCACGAGUCAGAAAUCACGUACAGCGAUGAGAAAAAGGAUCUGUGCGGGCCACUGCAUAUGCAGCAUGAGGAGGAAAGGAAGAAGGAAAAGGAAGAGUCCUAG